AUGGAAUUCUUGAUCCUUUCUUUCUCUCUCAUCUUUGUCACUCUUUACUAUGUUUUCUUAACCUUCAACAUCAUUUCGAAUCGCAAUAAGAUCGCAGAACAAAACCUCUAUCAUCUCCCACCGGGAAGUUCUGGUUGGCCGAUAGUUGGUGAAACCCUAGAUUAUCUUAAGACCGCAAAGAAUGGUGUCCCCGAAAAGUUUACAAUGGAUCGGAGGAACAAAUACUCCUCCGACGUCUUCAAGACAUCGUUGCUCGGCGAAACGAUGGUGUUCUUGCCCACCCCACAAGGAAACAAAUUCAUUUUUGCCAACGAGAACAAGCUUGUCAAGUCGUGGUGGCCUAAAAACUUCAAAACAAUAUUUGACAUCUCGGAGAAAACAACCGUAAGUGACGAGUCUGCUAGAAUGAAGAAGCUACUUUUUCCGCUUCUGAAACCGAAUUCGCUAAGAAAGUACGUCGGGAUUAUGGAUCUGUCGACGAUAGAGCACACAAAGACCUAUUGGGAUGGCAAAGAAGUUAUCAAAGUUCACGCCCUAGCGAAAAAGUACGCUUUUUCUUUGGUAUGUACGUUGUUUUUAAACAUUGAAGACCUGGAAAUAAUUGCGAAACUUGAGGGCCCGGUUGGUCAGAUUAGUUCUGGGCUAGCUUCGUCGCCCAUAAAUAUCCCAGGAACAAAGUUUAACCGAGCAAUAACUUCAUCAAAGAAAAUCAAGAAAGAGAUAGAGAAAAUAGUUGCGCAAAGGAGGAUUGAUCUUCUGGAGAGCAACGGGAGUCGCGCAAACGACAUAGUGUCGGAUUUGCUGGUAGAAACCUACGACGAUGGCGAACCGAUAAACGACUCAGGUAUUGCCAAAGUGCUGGUAGGUUUGCUGGUUGGUGCCCACGACACUGUAAGCACUACGUUGGUUUGCAUCAUGUCGUUUCUAGCAGAGUUGCCUGAAGUCUAUGACAAAGUCUUUAAAGAGCAAAUGAAGAUUGCAAAUGAAAAAGCAUCCGGAGAGUUGCUGAAUUGGGAAGACAUACAAAAAAUGAGAUAUUCAUGGAAUGUGGUGUGCGAAGUGUUGAGGUUGUCACCACCCAGUCCAGGCGCUUUCAGGGUGGCCAUUACGGACUUCAUGUAUGAAGGUUUUUUUAUUCCAAAAGGAUUCAAGUUACACUGGAACGUUUUUGCCACACACAGAAAUCCUGAAUUCUUUCCCGAGCCAGAAAAAUUUGAACCAUCAAGAUUUGAAGGAAAUGGACCAGUUCCGUUCUCGUAUGUUCCAUUUGGAGGAGGGCCACGAAUGUGCCCCGGAAAUGAGUAUGCUCGAGUGAAGAUUCUACUAGUUUUCAUACACAAUGUGGUGAAGAAUUUCAAAUGGGAAAAGGUAUUUCCUGAUGAGAAACUCAUAAGGGAUCCGACUUUAGCUCCAGAAAGAGGACUCCCUAUUCGCCUUUAUCCUGCGGGAUGUUUGGGAAAAACUGCUACACAACAUUACUCAGCUAAAUCAACCAAAAUAGCUUACUACAAAAAGUGGUAUACUGAUGCUUAA